AGAUGAAAUACAAUGAAGAAAAAGAGUAACAGACGAUGUGAAAAAGUUCGAAAAGAAGAGAUGGCAAAGGAGGAGUAUUGGGGAGGAGGAGGGAGACAAGAAAAGAAGCUAGGGGCUGGAGCAGAUGGGAAUGUAGUUGAGAAUUGCGGUGUUGGCGGCAGCAAAUCCGGGAUAGAGUAAUAUGCAGGUGGCAGCAGCGGCAGCGGGUCAAAAGCGUGAGCCCGGAAAAGCAAGCAGCAAAUUGGAUCUCACUCACCAGGGGAGCACAAGAUACCAGGCAAUAGGGAGAG